GCGCCACACCCACUGAAGAGCUUACUUUAGUUCAACAGGCGUAUGAUUAUUCCUUUACACGUUCCAGAUAGCUCCUUUAUCUUAUUUUAUAAACUUCUCCUUCACAUAUAACCGAAAUGUUAAACAAUACAUCAACUAAAAGGUAAUAUAGAAAGUUUAGCUAUUUACAUUCAGGCUUCUACCGCGCUACCUAAAGGGGGCUUUCCGUGUAGUCGCGUGCAACAUGAGCUCUGAGGUGUGUCCGUUCUGUGGGAAAACCUACAAACGACUGAAGAGUCACCUGCCACACUGCAAGGCAGCAGCAAGCUCCAAAACACCUCCAUCCAAACACAAUGUCGCAGCAAGUCAGGUGUCAUCUUCCUCACAGCUGGCUGCGGACUUAUCUGAUCCAACAUCAGAGGAAAAAAAGUCAACACAGACACCGGUAGCAUCAAGACCACAGUCAAAGAAGAGUAAAAAAGUUCCUGUGGUGUCCAUGAAUGCAUCACCUUCAUCACAGACAGUGUCCCAAAGUUCUGUAUUACCUUCAUCAUCAACGAAGAAGAAGAAACAGAAGCUGUCUGAACAAAUCAAGACAGCAAACUUGGCCGCCUCUACCUCAGUUAUCUCCCCAUCACAGUCACAAUCUCUGGAUGUCUCUGAGCCCAAAAAGAAGAGUCUCCGUGCUUUAAUAGAAGCUGCAAAAUCCAAACAGGUCUCUGCUGCAUCAGUGGAAGGGUCCAAAUCUGCCUCAGAAGACCUUCCUAUAGGCGCAAAUACACCUGUGGCAGAUCCUGUAAACUCCAGGACCAAUAUACACACAGAAUGGAAAAAUGAUUUAGACAAAGACCAAAUGAAGGACAACUCAAAUCCUGACUUUUUAUCCACAGACUCCAAACCCAAAGGUGGGAGGAAGACAAAGACACAAAAAGCUGCACAAACUGUUCCUCCAACCAAAGAUACCUCUCUGGACGCAAACGUUAAAGAAACGACUGAAAGACUUCGUUUAAGAGACGACUUCUUUUUAGAAGAUAAGGAGGAAGCUGCAGAUUAUUCUGAGAAUAAGAUGUUCUCAAAUUCAGGAAGUGGUCACCAAACUAGGAUUACGCUCCAGGAUGUUAAAACCACAUUGGCUCGAGCUAACAGCACCCGGCAGACGAACAGGCCGAGCAUCCUGAGCCAGAUUCAAACUGCUGACGAUUUAAAAAGCAGAAUCAGGAACCAAGAGAGCUGUUUGAUUACAGAUAAAACAAUGUCAGAGCAGCUGCACGGCGCAAGUCCACAACAAACUGAGCUACAGUCAGUUAAAAGAAAAAGUCUCAAGUCUCAACAAGCAGCUUUAAUCCCCUUGCAACAGAAGGGAUCCCCUCAGUCUGGAAUGACCUCACCCGAAGCUUUCGUCCUGCCUGGCUGUGUCUCCCAGCGGAACCAAGCCACACCCCCUCCUUAUACAGUCAGUAUUAAUGAGAGUUUGAAGGUGGGUCCACAUAAGACUCCUGGACUCCUCACCAUAUCACCGUCACUUGUCCAGUUUUCCAGCCCUCAUCCUUUACGCUAUACACCACAAACUCUGUCAGCGAGGGUGGAGACACUUAGAGCUGACGCUGGGUCACAGCUGGAGGUCUGGAGACAGAACACCGCUGAUAACGGAGCAAAAGAGCGAAGUCUUGGACAGGUGAGACUGAGGGAGCUACCUGAGUGGCUUGCCUGCAGAACUCCAGGCCAUCCAAGAGAUGUGGUGGAGAUGGUGCAAAGAGGCUGGCAGUGGUAUUACAAUAGGUAUAUCAAUGUGAAGAAAGGUGGUGUAAGUGGAGUGGGCAUGCUGUUAGCAGGAUACUGUGUGCUCAGCUACAUCUGGAGCUACCCUCACAUCAAACGAGAUCGAUGGAGGAAGCACCAUUGAGGCCGAGACAAGAUGAUUGUUCAAGAGAGACUCUGAAUGUG